AUGAGGGUUCCCCAUUUACAAAACAGAGGUUGCAGGUUUGAGGCUUCCCAGGCGGCCCAGCAGCUGAACGACCUCGCGCUGCUUAAGCUGGAUGGGAAGGUGAAACCCAGCAAGACCAUCCGGCCCCUGGCCUUGCCACGAGGACGCCAGGCAGUGGCCGCAGGAGCGCGGUGCAGCGUGGCCGGCUGGGGUGUGACCCACCAGGGUGGGCAGCUGACCAAGGCACUGCAGGAGCUGGAUAUGCAUGUGCUGGAUGCCAAGAUGUGCAACAACAGUCGGUUUUGGCACGGUGGCAUCAGCCCCCGCAUGAUCUGCCUGGCAGCCCACUCCAAGAACCAGGCCCCCUGCAAGGGGGACUCGGGAGGACCCGUGAUGUGCAGCAGAGGCCAAGUGGCUGGAAUCCUGUCCUUCAGCUCUAAGGUCUGCACCGACAUCUUCAAACCCCCCGUGGCCACCGCCGUGGCCCCCUAUAGGUCCUGGAUCAAGAAGGUCAUCGGCCACUAG